AUGGAGACGGUCAUUUACGACGAGACUCCUCUCGCCGAGUACCUCAAGGACGAGGGCGAGGAACAGCAACGAGACUGGGCACAACAGGAACCAGACGUGAUCAUAGACACACCACCACCGAGCCCGCCAAGUCCUUCGUUCGCGCCCACGGGGAGGCCUCUAGUCAAGGCGCGCUUCCGCAGCAAGAUACCCGACGCGCUAAACAUCAAGCUUCCCACCCCCAAGAAGCGCCUGAGCUCUUUGCAAGAUGGAGCGACCGCAGUCGCGAACAAGCUAGACCGCGCAGACAAUUCCAAGUUCCUGGAACAAUUCCGCUACACCAUUGUUGCGUCCCAGUUGUUAAGUGGCCACUCGAUAUUGGGGCAGCAUGGCCAGGCGCAGAGUUCCAAGAUACAUCCCGGGAGCGACCAUGAUCCGAACAUUCCCACGCAAACCGGCUUGCUACUCACGGCUGUUGGGGCACUUGGGCUCGCGUGGUUCAUCAGCUGGCUGUACGGGGGAGGAUACUCGCACCUGACGAAGAAGAGAGUGGUGGUCUUUGUGGUGAUCUUUGGCGUCGCUGGCGUCGCGUCGCAAGCAUACAUAAGGCAACAAUGGCUCAAAUAUGUCAGGGAGCAGGCACUGACGGAGAUCACAACGUUUGUUUCAAGAGCACAGGACUUCGACAGCGCAUCGAGCGCCGCAGUUGCCCUGGUCCAGGAGGUGGAGCUUGUUUCUCGCGGAUAUCGCCUCAGCGCCCCACUGCCACCUAUCAGCCGAAUCGAGGACCAAAGCCAGACCCGGAGAUGCGUGAGGCUCAGGAAAGCCCUGAGGAAGAGCUUUGGGGGAAUUAUUUCCAAGUAUGAGCAGGCUUCCUCGGUGAUCAAAGGGUUCUCUGAACAGCUGGAUUUGGAACGGUACUACGACAUCUACGACAUCAGCGAUCUGGACAUGUCGGAUGCAUUGCAAGGCUACUCGGAGGGCGAAUUCGAGGACAUGGAAUCCCUGCGAACCCUGAAGAUCGUGGCGUCCCGAUUUCACGUGUUGCGAAAGAUGUUCCUCUGCGCACUCCUCUCGAUGGAAGCACAAGGCGACGACUCUGAUUUCCUGCGAUGGACGACCGUUGUGGAAUCUCUCCGGACACUCAACGAGGCCACGGCUGCAUCGUAUAAGCGGGUUGGGGAUAUUCUGGGGGAGGAACAGUCAUUCCAACCGGCGGUGUCGAUCGCCGACAAGGGCCCGCUCUCACCCGGACGCGAGAGAUGGCGCUCACAACUAAGCAAGCUGAACUCUCUCACGACGGGCAUUCGCGGACUGCAGGCGAAGAUGACGUUACUGCGGGAGGAAUCUGAUCGCGCGCUGAAUACCGCCUCCGACCUCUCGGAGCUGGGACCAAGCCUGAUGGCACAAUACGAGUCGAUCGGUCAAGACCUUGAGAUGCUCCAGCAGGCAUGGAAGGACGGCCGGGCCGCUGUGGCGUCGGGUAUCGACCGUAACGAAAAGCGUCUUUCGUCCAUUAGUGGAAUGCUCUCCCCAGCUAUAUCCUUGGGAGGGCUGACCACCGUUGAGGAAAGCGGUGGUAGUGUAUCAGACGCGCUUAAGGCACUUACGGGAGAAUCGCCAGACAGCCCCGACGCGGGCAGCAAUUCCGGAGAGAGUGAAGAGAUAUUUGAGGCUGUUGCGGGUCCGCCACUACGACCCAGGAGCAUGCUGACAAGAGGGGAGAGAAUAGCGAAGAUGAGAGAGGAGCGCGAGAGGAGAGCAGAGACGAAAGACAAGUUCGAGGCGAACCGCGGCAUGCUCAAAGAGCUCGAGAUGGUCAUCAACCUGCGUCCGAACAAGAACAGGAGACAGACCCUGCCACCGAAUCCGAGCCGCGUCGUCUCGCUGUGA